GAGCUUGUUCGUCUAUCGACUGAUCGCUCGGUCUGGGUCACCAUACACAUGCUAACACAGAUGCAUACAGACAGGCAGACUAGUAAACCCACUCACACAAAGCCAAUAUUGUGGCUGCCGUCAGCCAUGCUGCACCCAUGCCACCCAUCCACACCAUCGUCUGUACCAAUCAAAUGUUCGCCUGUACCUACCAGAGAUGACGUGUGGCUGCCUGUGUAGCGUCCCAGCCGCGCAGAUGGCAAGCCCGAGUCACGGGCAAGCCGAUGAAUGCACCACGGGUCGGCAGCGCGACACAAGGCAUCCGCACACAGAGAGAGAACUUACGUAGGAACACCAUAUGUGGGUGGGCACCCUUUGUGUUUUCCUCUCUUCGCUCUCUCGAGGAAAAUCGCCCCGACGUACGUACUAACAUGCCAAAAGAAGCCUCAAAUCAUAACUAACCAUCACAUUACCAAAUCGACGUUUCAUUCUACCUUCCGUCAGCCUGCCUGCCUGCCUGCCUGUGUGUCAGCUGUUGGUGUCUCGUGAGCUCCAGUCCCCCGACACUUUUGACAACCAACGCCACUUGACACGUUGGCCAUCCAGGUACCGGGCACAGACGGCAUUCACGAGGCACUGCCAGCAGACACCACCUAGCAGGAAGCAGUACGUAUGUAUGUCUGUACCAAUCCGGUCUCUCUCCCCCAUUCAUCGCUCGCUCGAUGGAAGGUGAGUCAAAUCGUGUCAGCUGAGAGCCCCCCAUCUCCGCCAAUCAUCAGGACACAGGCAUCCGAUGACUGAAGGAAAUGGAGGCGAUUCUCAACACGACGCGACACACGUCCGAUCGAGGAUUCGCUUCAGGAGAGAGAGAAUGGGAAAACCACUGACUUAACAUCACACAGAGACCAACAGCCACCCGAAAAAACACAGCCGCCCAUCCAUCCAUCCAUCCGACCACGCACAACUCAUCGAUCUAGGUAUCGAUGUGCGUAUGCACAUGUCUCUCUCCCUCGUGUGUGUCGACCUAGGUGCUCUGUCGGCCGGCCUUGAUUGCCUUGGUGACGUUGGUGAAGUACUUGCCCUGGUGCUUGGCCAGCGCCAGCUCCUUCUCGCUCGGCAUCCGGCUGCCGUCAGCUCCAGCGAAGGUACCUACACACACACACACACACAGGGGGUGGGGUGGGUGGACGGACGGAAGGGUGGGUGGGCGUGUGAGGGUCUCUCAUCUCAUCUCACCUGCUCCGUAUGCCGAUCCGCCGUGUAUCUCGCUCAUGUCGAACUGCACCUCCCCGAGUGUGUAGCCGAUGGGCACGAAGAUCAUGCCGUGGUGGGUGAACUGCGUCAGGGCCGUCAGAGCUAAACACACACACACACACACACACACACGCAUCGGCCCUGACGAUGACAGCACACACACCACAGCUAGGCACUUUUACUUACCGGUAGUCUCCUGUCCGCCGGCCUGUGUGGCUGUCGAGAAGAAGAUGCCAGCGGGUUUGCCGACCAGCUUGCCGCCCUGCCACAGACCCCCCGUCGCAUCCCACAUCGCCUUCACUGCACACACACAACACAAGACAUGCACACAAGUGAGCAUAAGCACAAGCAGCAGUGUCGGGAGAGAUUAUGUGUGUGUGGUGCUGACUCUGUGCACACAUGGCGCCGAAGCGAGUGGGCGUGCCGAACAGAAUGCCGUCCGCGUCGGGCAGCGUGUGCACGUCCACCACGGGGAUCUACGACCACGACAAGCGCAGCGCACACACGCAUACCAACCAGAGCAUAUAUCAGAUGGUUGCUUCCCCAUGUGGCUCACGUCUGUGUCUUUGGGCGGUGCGGACAUCUUCUUGAGCACCUCAUCCGAGAGGGUCUCCGCCACCUGCACAGCACAAAGACGGACACACAGACACACAGACAGACAGACAGAGAUCCCUGGCUGGGAUGUGGGCAUGCGUAUUGCCGUGUCGCCAGUCAGUCAGUCAAGUCAGUCACCUGGUACAGGAGGCAUUCGCCGCCGGCCUCCUCGACGCCCUUCUUCAUCUCCUGCGCCAACGCACGCACGUGGCCAUACUGCACACACAACACAACACAAGACAGUCACACAUGCAGCACACCACGAGCCAGCGCAUGAAUGUGUGUGUGUGUCUGUGUGCGGACGGUGGGAGAUGGCGUGAUGCCUCUUUCCCGCCCCGCUCGCCCACCAUGGAGUAGAAGACGAUGUAGACUUUGGGUUUGCUCAUGUUGCCGCCUCCAAGCUCCUGCACACGUAUCUCGUCGUCGAUGCCCCUGAGCUUGGUGCCUUUGGUGGGCAGGCAGGGGCAGCAAGACAUGCACUCACUGCGCACGCAAGGAACGGACGCACAGAUCCCUGAAAGAACACGGCUCGAGUCGGGCGCGAGGCAGAUCCGCUUUCGGCC